AGGAAGCGGCGACGGUGGAGGAGGAGGAAGAAGAAGAAGAAGAAGAAGAGGAAGAAGAAAAGGAGGAAGAGGAAGAGGAAGAGGAAGAAGGAAAAACGAAUUCAUACGAAUUCUUGAUCCGUGCGAGAUAAAAGAGACGGAACAAAGGGGCGAAGGGCAGGACACCCUUUGCGGUGGAAAAAGGAUCAGUGAAAAAAAUCGGCAAAGCGUAGCGAUGAAGUUAAAUAUUUGAUCGCUCGCUUCGCGAGGGAAACCGAUCGUAACUGAUCCGACUAAGAACGACCUUGAGCAAGAUGGUCAGGGGGGCGCUGUUACUACUCUUGCUACUCCUCUUUGGUGCCUUCGACGUUCCUGGCAUCGAGAGAGUUCGUAUCAGAUAUCUGGCGAAGGCUGGUAACACCUGUAACGCUUGUAGGAUGCACGAGGAGAUCAGAGCCCUCAGUCUUGAAGCAAUCAAGGAACAAAUUUUGAACAAGCUCGGCUUGAAACAAGCCCCAAACAUGACAGGCAGAGCACUGCCAAGAAUCCCGCCGAUCUCGAAGUUGAUGGAUAUGUAUGGAAUGCAAGCCGAUCAACCACAACCUCUCGAGCCCGGCAUCUCUCAUCACGAGGAGAUCGACGAAUAUGCUGCCAAAACAGAGAGCGUCUUCGCCCUGGCGCAACCUCAUCAGAGGCUACGGCACUCGAAAGGCAGCCUCGACGUUCUCUACUUCAAGUUCUCCGACAAGGUGGUCCAGCAUCGCGUGACGCGGGCGGAGUUAUCCCUGUGGAUAUGGGGGAGUAACCAGGAGUCCUCGGAACUGGACGAGACCGGCGAUUUGGAGAGCGCGGAGAGCCACGAGGACGGCCCGGUGACCAUCACGUUGCAGAGGAUCCUUCGCGGCACCACGGAAACCGGCGGGCCGUCGUUGGGUCCGCCAUUGACCACGAAACAUCCGCGGCCAGUCGGUUGCAGGGGCAGCUGGGUAACGAUCGAGUUAAGAAGAAUGGUCGCCGAAUGGUUCAAGCAUCCACGGGACAAUCUAGGAGUAGCGCUGAAGAUCUCCAGCCCCGGUGCUAAUCAUCGCAGGAACGCGAAAUUAGUCGAGACUAAUCCCGGGGCCGAGUACGCGCCGUACCUCGAAGUGCAGACGCAAGAACUCGACUCCAGAAGAGGGGCGAGGAUCAAGAGAAACGUAGGACUUAAUUGCGACGAAGCCAGCCAGGAGACCAGAUGUUGCCGAUACAAGCUCACCGUGGACUUCGAGAAAUUUGGGUGGGAUUGGAUAAUCGCUCCCAAGAAGUACGAUGCCAAUUACUGUUCGGGCGACUGUCCGAUGGCCUUUCUGCCAGCGUACCCGAACACUCACAUCGUCAGCUUGGCGGAACCGCCUAACAACUCUGGUCCCUGUUGCGCCCCGAGAAAACUCUCCGAGAUCACGAUGCUGUACUUCGAUAACGAGUACCAAAUUGUGUUCUCGCGAUUACCAGGCAUGGUCGUCGAGAGAUGUGGAUGUUCAUAGUCCACCAUGAUAGCUCGAGAAGAGCAACGGCGGCAAGAAGGAAUGUGUCAAGGCUCGUUGAUUGAUUCUUCCAGGAUCUACUACUAGAAAACAAAAAAAUCGUCAAUAAUUAUUCCUUUUCUCCCUAUCCAUUCCCAUUCUCUGUCUACUCUUGCUUCUCUUCUUUUCCUUUUCCCUUUGCUCCAUUCAUUUUCUACGUUAUUUCCUCUCGUCCGUUCCCUGUUUAAAUUCCCUUCAAUUUUCAUUGACAGUCUGUGACUAUCGUGUGAUCAUCGUUGUCGUCGUCGUUCCGUCUUCGACGAAUAUUUUCAUUCGAUAGACUGAAAGUGCCUUGUUCGGGGUGAUUUUAGUGUGCCGCAAAACUUACCCUUCUUAGUGACACGAGGAGACGAGAUUCCUUCUAUGAACUCAACGAAUAGCAAGCAGGACAGCGAUCGGAGGAAAUCGAUGAAAGUCCGUUCUUUUUUAAGCUAGUAAUAACGGGCACCUUUUUGAUAGUCGUUUAUCGUCCAUGGCAAAGCGGAUAGUUCCUAGAGUCACGGUAUUAUUAUUAAGGUGUCGAUGCGUUUUACACCUGAUCUGAGAGAACGACCGCAGAAAAAGAAUUAUUUUUUAUACGGGAGCCUAUUGCAAUUUUAAAA